CUCUCCACCCCAGAGAGAAGAAUCUCUCGCUGUCUCUCGCUCGCUCUCUCUCUCUCUCUCUCUCUCGCUCUCCAUAAAGUUUCUCACUUUUGAGCUCUCCCAUCACAAACAAUAUACUCUGCCUCUUUCACACACAUACACACAAACCAGAGUUUCUUCAAUCUCUGCUAAGAAAUUAUCUACUUCUCUGACACACUAAAAUUUCUACAUAGUGAUGGGUGUAAGCUCUCAUAGCUCUUAAACUUCCCACAUUACAUUGAUCCUCCUCAGAAAAAAUGUCAAAGGUUGUUGCUUUUUCUUUCUAGAAUAUGACCGUUUAAAGUACCUGUGGGAUUUUUAUUACAGAACGGGAAAAAAGUAAAAGAUUAACACACAAAAACGCAAAGCUAUGGCUGGUAGUAAGGUCUAUGGAGGUGCUUCAAACAUGAGCGUUUUACUUCAAAACGAAAGGCUUCCUUGUUCUUCUGAGGUUCUUGAGCCUCUCUGGAUUCCCAGCUCUGAGCCUUCUUUUCAUGCUUCAAAAUCAAUCGCUAAUUUUGAGAAUGUCAAUGGAGGAGACACCACAGCUAGGCCAUUUUUCCAACAGCUAGAUAAAGAUGAAAAUGUUGAUGAAGAUUAUGAUGGGUGCUUUCAUCAACCAGGAAAGAAAAGGCGGCUUGCAGUGGAUCAAGUUCAGUUUCUUGAGAAGAAUUUCGAGGUGGAAAACAAGCUUGAACCAGACAGGAAGAUCCAACUUGCAAAGGAACUUGGUUUGCAGCCUCGGCAAGUUGCCAUAUGGUUUCAAAAUCGCCGGGCUCGGUAUAAGACUAAACAACUUGAAAAGGACUAUGACUCCUUGAAAACUAGCUAUGAUAAGCUCAAGAUUGACUAUGACAAUCUACUCAAGGAGAAGGAAGGCUUGAGAAGUGAGAUAAACUCCUUGAAGGACAAAUUGCUCAUUAGAGAGAAAGGAAAAGAAAAUGUGGAACCACUUGAUGCCAUAAAGUCAUCAAAUACAGAACCAACCCAAGAACCAAUUUCAAAUGCAGUUUCUGAAAAUGUGUCCAAUGUGCCAAUAUUGGUGUGUAAACAAGAAGAUGCUAGUUCAGCCAAAAGUGAUGUCUUUGACUCUGAUAGCCCACAUUACACCGAUGGGAACCAUUCUUCAUUGUUAGAGCCCGCGGAUUCAUCUCAUGUCUGUGAACCAGACCAGUCUGAUUUCUCACAAGAUGAAGAAGAUAAUCACAGCAAGAUCCUCUUGCCCCAAACAUACUUUCCAAAAAUUGAAGAUGGCUAUAACGAUGACCAGCCUGUGAGUUAUUGUAAUUUUGUAAUCCCAAUGGAAGAUCAGCCCUUUUGUUUCUGGAACUACUGAGCUAUAUCAUAUGUCACAUUAGCUUCUAGGUAGUAAUUGCAAUGUUUUAAGUUUUCAGUUGUAAUUAUGGUUAACGAGCAAUAAAAUCCAAUUACCA